GUUCUGCUUCAAACAUCAAAACAAGUUCAAUUUUAAGGAUCAAGGCAGUAUCUUUAAUUUUGGUGUUUCUAAUCAUGACAAUCUCAGCGACGGGAAAGAAAUGUGUGGUUUUGGGUUUAGCAAUAUGUCUUGUUCUCUCAAGUUUCCAUGAGGUUUCUUGUCAGGUUGAAGGAAGCUUCGAGGGUCAAAGAGUUCAAUCUAAUGUGGAAAGCCUCGAAGCAGAAGAGACAUCAUCUGUCUCUCGGUCGGUUGAAUCCGAGUCUGAAGCUGCUAGUAGUCAAGUGGGUCGACGCUCGAGUAGUUCGGACGUUAGACGACUAGCGCAAGGUUUAUCUGAUGGUGACAUUAAUAGCGAUGCUGAAUUAAUGGAUGCUUCUGAAUUUGGGGCUACGAAUUGGAACCGAGCGAAAGAGAUGGAAGAGCUUCAAGGCCGGGUGAAAGCUACGGCAUCUGGCAAAUCUGUCGUAGAAGAAGAAUACACGAAGGAAAGCAGUAAGGUGGAAACAAGUGAAACCGCAUUCCAAGGGCGUGAAAGUACAGAAGGCGAAACUGAUAGAAACCAAAUAUAUUAUGGAAAUGAGGGUGCAAAUGAAUCUGAAGGAUACAUGAUAAAUGAACCGAUAAAAAUUGGAAGUGAAGCUGGGUCAACGGAGAGUCGUCUAGGGUAUGAGUCGAAGAAAACCAAUGCUCGCUCAGGUUUUGCGGAGUCUCUAAGAAUUGGACAGUCAGGUUCCUGGACCUGUACUAACCAAGACCAAAAUGGUGCUAGGGGAGACGAUUCUAUCAUUAUACCAAAGUAUGAAUUAAAUGACAUCAUGAACGAAGAAUCCAUCAAGGGCUCCUCGUCAAAGACCUCUAGUCUCAUGACAUCGCUGUCCAAGAUUGUUGAGACUCACAAGGAAGGACGAUGGCAAGAUGUUAAAAUAGGAAAGGUUACUACUAAGGAAACAUCAGUGAAGGUAACGAGGCUAAGAGAGACCCUGAAACGUUACGUGGGUAUAAAGGUACGUGAGCUCGUGGCUCGUUCGGAUUACGAAAAUAUACUGACGAUGGCUGCGCACUACGAGGAACUGACCUUGGCUCCAGUAACCUACAUAUCGAAGCUGGCCACGUUCGGGACUGUGAUAAAGCAAGGAUUCAAGGUCUCUCAGCGAGUUAAAACUGUGCACCAGAGUGUCAUGGUGCACGAAAAAGUGGCCAUUGAGAAGCAGAAAAGGGUGGACGCUGAGUUCGAGUUAGUCAAGACUUUGGCUGAUAAAGGAGACAAGUUGUCGGUAAAAAUAUUCGCCAUGAAGAAAAUGGUGUUGAGGCUUGAGGCCGAGAAGAGAGAAGUUGAUAUUGAAUUCAAGAAGAUUGUUGAGAACCUAUCACACGUUCUAGAGGAAUCGUCCAAGGCCUAUGAGAAGCAUCAUGGGGUUGUGCGCGAGUGGAAAGAGGCAAAAGCACAUGUUGAAUAUUCUCAUGAGACCAUCGAAAAGGCUGAAGUCGUUUGGGUUCAGUUUCUCAGCACUCUUUAG